AUGAAUGUAUCAGCUGUGUCCAAGAAGCUGUGGUGUGCCCACAAACAGCUGAUCAUCCUGCUCACUCCUGUCCUGUUCCUGCCUUUACUUUUCACUCUGCCGGAAAAGGUGAGUCAUUUUACCUUGGGAGACUUCAGGAAUGCUUUUUCCUGGCAUUUCACACAAGGAAAUUAUGGGAGCAGAAUUUAUGGAUCAUUAUAAUAAUUAUAAAAACAAGGUAGAGAUAGUUGAGAAUCAAAUCUAUCAUCAGCUGGUCUGUAUUCUGUUUCUUAGGAGUGAUCAAUUUGUUAUCCGUAUAAAUUCCAAUAUAAAGUUGUAAAUUUAAGUUCAAGACUUAUUUAAGGAACUGUACUUCUGUUGAUUGUUUGAUGACAUUGUAGAGAAUAAGAAGUGAACGCUGAUGGUGUCUCAAAAAAGUUAAACUAACUGACCUGCAGAUAAGUUAUAGAAGAAAUAUCAACUGUUGUUUAAGCAAUUAAUUAUAAAUCUCUGUCUUUCCAGCUCACUAACUCAGAUGAUUUUAAGACAUUUUUGGCCUAUCGUAGGGGUCAGGGGCAAAAAAGAAACCCAGUAUCAGGGAUGUCACUCGUUGGUUCGAAAGCCAGAUGAUGGCAGUGAUUAUAUUUGAGGUAGAAAACUUCUCAUAGUCAGACUAACAUACCUGAAAAAUGCAGCUGGGGACUGUCUUUCUCUUCGAUAUAUACAACUCAACCCAACAGAAACUGGCAUGAGUGUUCAGCAAGUGUCCCAGUCGUUGGUUCUGGAAGCCGAAGAGCAUGGAUGGUUUCUACAGAUCCGAGUAGUAAACAAAACCUUGACAAAGAGAGGACGUGAAAAAGACGAAACUUUCCGAACAAUUGGCACAGGCAAUCCAAGUGACGGUCUUUUCAUCUUUCGACGUACAUCCUGUUAGCCUCUUGCUAACACGUUUUGCUGGUCGUUUUGGUGCAUGAUAAGUCAACCAGGAGAUGAUCUAAUCAGGACAAGCUGAACGGAGGGAUGCCGCAGUCAUGCUACUGUCAAAAAUUAAAUUCUUGCUCAGGACAACAGUUAAGAAAAAUCACUCAAUUUUGUAUAAUCAUAGCUGGACUUAAUUGUGCAAGUUAACACAGUAAAUACCUCCAGAAUGUUUGGAACUAGCCUCAAGUGGACACUCUAGGUACUGCAGAUUUCUUCUGUGUCAAUCUUUAACACUUGCUGCUUAAUCCAUCCAUCCAUCUAUCCAUCAUCUAUCUACUUAUCCGGUUUGGGGCAGUAGCAUUCUGGAGCAGAUCCAAGUGGUCUCUGCGUGAGACGUGAGGCAGGUACAUCCUGGACAAGUCGCCCGCUGAUAUACAGAUAACCAGACACGUGUGCAUUUGAUGUUACGGCCAAGUUUAAGUCACCAAUUAACCCCACAAGUGUGUCCUCAGACUGGAGUACUUCAAAAAAGCUCAUGCAUGCACGUGAAGGAAAUGCGAACGUUAUAUCCCAGCUAACCCUUACCCUAACCCUAACCUUUUAUUCUGUGACUACUGCACCACUCUGUCAUUUUUCAAGUGUUGUCCAUGUGUAGAGAGCUUCACGUAACACUGUUGUUCCUGGAAGAAAACUGCAUAAUUCCAUACCUGCUAAAGAGAUAAAACAUUGUGUAGUUAAUCUACAUUUGUCUUGUUCUGUGAAAUUUUAAUGCCUGAUCAUUACUGACUCCACGUUAUCUUCUAGGAGGGAAAAUGUCUCUAUGUGGUGGUGCUGAUGGCUAUGUUUUGGUGCACAGAGGCCCUUCCUCUGGCCGUCACCGCCAUGCUUCCAGUUUGCCUCUUCCCAACACUGGGAAUCCUUCCAUCCAAGACAGUCUGCCCUCAGUACUUCCUGGAAACAAACUUUCUCUUCCUCAGCGGUUUGGUGAUGGCGUCGUCCAUCGAGGAGUGGGGACUUCAUCGUAGAAUAGCCCUGAAGGUCCUCACUAUCGUCGGAGUGAAACCAGCUUUGUGAGGAGACUUUACAGGAAAACUAAAUUUUUAGCGACAUAAUUCCAGCUUUUAUUGAUUUAAUCUUUAUCUUUUCCAGGCUCAUUUUGGGAAUGAUGCUGACCUCGUCCUUCCUGUCCAUGUGGCUCAGUAACACUGCCACAACAGCCAUGAUGCUCCCCAUAGCUAAUGCCAUCCUGGAGAGUCUGUUUGGAGACCUGGAGACCCUGAAAAAGAAGUGCAAGGCCGCAGAGGAUACUGAGGGGGAUAUAAUCAACGGUAUGUGUAACCUCUUGCACAGCGUAAUGACUUGAUGCUGGUCUACUUUUAUUCCUAAAGUGAAGCUCAGCAAAACAAGCAAAGUGAUGGGAAGUUUUUAACCGACUCUGAAGGUCUUGUAGUGUAACAUGUUAUUAUUUAGCAGUUUAGUUUUUCAGUUUAUGACAUUACAAUCUCACUGCUUUAUUGAACUCUUGAGCAACAGCAGGCAGAAAAACUCUGAUAUACUAAUCUGUACAAUAAAAAACAUUAGCACACUUAACAACUCACCAGGAAAAAUCAACAAAGAUCUUGACAUUGGUGGAGACCAUAUGGAUAAAUAUAUGAGGGAUCUGUAUCAGUCCACUUGUGUUUGAAUGAUACUUAACCCUGCAUCUGCUGUAUCUUAAAACACGCAUUUUUUACCGACUUACAAAAACAUAUGAAAAAAUGUCUAAAAAGCCUAAAACAGUUCAUGUUUGUUAAUCAAAGUGUCAAAACUUUAUAAAAGUCAGUUCACAGGCUGUGAGUAUUACUGGGGUAAUGUUGUAACAUCAUCUGCGUUGUCUUUUAAUAUGUGAUCCAAAAACUGAACUUUGUGCAGUUUUUCCAAAACACAGUAUCUUAGGGACCAAAGUUAGUCAGUAUUGAAAAAGUGAGUGUUUGAGGAUAUCGGAUUCAUCAAAAUAUUGACUAGUUUAAGCGCGUGAUUGAACUGUUGUUCAUACUACACUGAGUUUUUAAUGUUCCAGGUAGAAGAGACUCAACUGGUCUGGUUUUCUUUCAGGUCACUCUAAUGUGAAACUUCAUUCACUGCCUUCAGUGCCCUCAGAGAAACAAAUGCUGUCCAUAGAUGGGUAAGAAAGCACUUAGCUAAUGUGAUGACAGGCUACUAUAUCUUCACAAGAAUAUGAUACAACAUUUUUUCACUGAUUCACUGAUCUUUCUGAAGAGCGUGUAUCUAAGUUCAUUUAAGGUAAUAAUGUCUCUUAAAACUUCAAAAGGCCCGAUGGGAAGGAGCAGACUGACCUGAUGUCAUCUGAGGACGUCCAAUCAGAGGCCCAGUAUCAGCUGAAGGUGUGGAAAGGAUUCUUGAUCUGUAUCCCUUAUGCAGCUAGCAUCGGAGGCACCGCCACCCUGACAGGCACCGCGCCAAACCUCAUCCUGAUUGGACAGCUGAAAAGGUGUCUUUUAUUUUUAGAAACAGUGAAAACUUUGCACUUUGUUUAAUUCCUCUUUGUUACUCUGAAAUAAUAUCUUUGUUCCUUUCAGUUACUUUCCAGACUGUGACCUGAUCAACUUUGGCUCCUGGUUCGCGUUUGCUUUCCCUCUCAUGCUUAUCUUCCUGUUUUUUGGAUGGAUUUGGAUUGCGUUUCUCUAUGGAGGAUUAAACGCAAGGUAAUGUUGUAUCAGACAUUUGAUUUUGAGACAUUUGAUUUUUGAGUGAAAAUGUGAAAUCCUUCCUUACAAAACUCUUUAUUUCAUACAGAUUGUGCUUCAAGAAAAAUGACCGAAGAGCCGAGGCGGAGGCCAGAGCGAAGGCUCUAAUAGAGGACGACUACAGGAAACUAGGGCCCAUAAAGUGAGGACUCGUGUAUGUCUUCAAAUCUCAUGCAUUACAGGGCGAACGAUUACAUUUCUGUCACACACCUUUUAACGUCAUUUACUUUGAAUGCUCAUUUUCAGUUUUGCAGAAGGAGCAAUCUCUUUCUUUUUUGUCCUUUUUGCUGUUCUUCUCUUCACGAGAGAUCCCAAAUUUGUCACCGGAUGGUCUGUGCUUUUUAAAAAAGGGUAAGACACGCAAGCACUAAGUUAUAGUCAUUUUCUGUAUUGUCAUUGUUCUUCUUCCUGUUAGGAAAUGAUCAAUGAAUCUACACGUCAGUUAUCUACUUCUGUUAAUUAUUUCUUCUUGUCUUGCAGGUAUGUGUCAGACGCAGUCACUGGUGUUAUCAUUGUGUCUAUAUUGUUCUUCUUCCCCUCGCAGAAACCUUCUCUGAGCUGGUGGUUUGACCCAAAAGGUCAGUGCGUUCUUUAUCAGCUGUUAAUGUUUCAUUUGUCAGACAUUUUAGUCUAAUUUCACUUAUCUAAUCCAUCUUUGUUUUACAACCGCUAAUUAAAAACAAGGUCAAACAAGUGGGGUUAAGUGUAUUCAAUUAAAGUCUGACUAUCAUCCCCGUGUCAAAGAGAUAUAACAUUUGUAAUGACCAAGUUUGGAGCUUGUGCGGCUUCAUCAGGAAAGGUCAGCAGAUAUACUCGAUUGCCAAAUAUUUAUUAAAGAUUCAAAGUCAGUCUGUGUCCUGAACACAGCUUUUGCAACAUGCUGAAAAUCAGCUGGGGAAUGUUAAUAACGCAGAUUAGAGAGUCUGUGGAGCUCAAACCUCCGUGUUUCUGUUUGUCUGAUUAGAAUAAUCCAUCAGAACUAUGUUGUCGCACUCUGCAGGAUUUUGUUGUGUAAGUGUGUGUUGGAGGAGGCGUGCCCACAAACUGCAGGCACGUGUUUCUUCGUGCAGUUUGAAUACACAUGUCUUCAGGAUUGUGUAUAUUAUCGUCAGCUGGACAAAUAAAUGGCUGGAUGGAGUAAAAACAAAAGAAAUCAUGGGGUUUGUCUCUUCCUAGUGGGUCACAUCUCAGAAUAUUAGCAUAAAGAAAACACUCUGGGGUUAUAUGACAGUCACAGUUAUAUGACAGAAUAUGACACUGAUUAAACAGACUUUAAAAGCCUAUAUACUGGUUGAAUCUCAGUUGCCUCUGACACGUUGUUCAUUUAAGAUUUUUGACCUGUUAGAGGAUUGUUAUAUCGACACAACUCUAAAUUUAAAUCAAGGAUUUAACAUGAAAUUUCCUUAAAUAUUGAACGGUUUUAUUGAAUGUUUCCCUGCUUAUUCAUCCCCAGCUGCAAAUACUCCUUAUGUCCCUCUGUUAUCAUGGAAGAAAGCCCAGGACUCAGUUCCCUGGAACAUCAUUCUGCUCCUCGGAGGUGGUUUCGCGAUGGCUAAAGGUUGUGAGGUAAACGUGAUGGUUUCAACUAUUUGCUGUUUAAUCCUACAGACAGUUUCUGUUUCUAAGUCUCUCUAAGACUGUUGCUGUAAUGUAGAUUUUAAAAGCAGAAUAAAGAUGAAAAUUGUACAAAAAAAAAUCGAAUUAUAAAAUGAUCUUAAAUGAUAAAAAUCCUUUUCGUUGGUGCUGCUCUGCUCUGUAAAUUUCCAUCCUCCUCUUUGCUUUAUUAUGUUGUGAUUUGAUCUUUGACCCUUAACCCCAAUCUUGUGGCUCUUGGCAGGAGUCCGGACUCGCCGCGUGGAUUGGGGGCCACCUCCAGCCUUUGGCAGAGGUCCCUCCUGCUGCAGCUGUGAUGUUGAUCACUGCUUUCCUGGCCUGUUUCACUGAGUUCGCCAGCAACACCGCCACAAUCAUCAUAUUUCUACCCGUCAUCGCUGAACUGGUAAGACUGGUCACCAACAUCAACAUUUACAUGAAGUCUGACAAGUUUCGGCGGUGGCAUGUUGAUGUUUCACAGGUUUGUUGGUGACCACUGCCUUUGUGUUAGUCAAAGGUUUAGUAAGCUUGUUAAACUCUUGCAAUAGAUGUUUUAAUGUUUGUAGCCUGUUGGACAUUAACUGCUGUUGUUAGUAAUUAUUAUCCCAAAGCUUUUGUACUUUGAAAUGGUGCUGAUUCUGUCAAGUACCUGCUCGGAGAAUCAAGUCCAGGAUGUAAAGAAGGAUUAGUGUUAGUAGUUCUGUCAUCAUCAACAGAAGUAGGUGAGAAAUUCAGAUAUUAAUGGCACCCAGAGAAUCAAGUUCACUGACUUUAUUAUUUUCCAACUUGUCUUCUGGUAACUCAGUUAAAUACACAUUUAAGACCUUCUUCUAAAGAAAUGCCGCAACCGAUAUUAAAAUUUUUCAAAGACUUUCAUACACUUCAGAGGAUGAACUUUUUACAAAGUGUCAAAAACGACUCAUGCAAAACAAAGAUGUUAAACAUUAUCCAGGCAAAAUGCUGGCAUUUUAGCAAAGUCAUUAUGAAAACAACACAGUAAGGCCUCACAGAGUUACUAGCAUAGCUUUAGCUCACUGGUCUAUGCAGUCUAUCUGUGUCGGAAAGGUUCAUUUGACCCUUAUUUAAAUGCCACAUUUGCAUUGACUGCAUGAGCUGCUGCAGUCAAAACCAUGUUUCUCUAUAGGUUUAACUCAAAAUAUGUCUGUAGAUUAUUUACUAUUGCAGUUUCUUAGCUUUAUAGAUGUCCUGAAGAUCAAGUUGUUUCUGUUUUAAGAAAAUAGGAAAGUAAACAUGAACAGGUCAGGACACCAGGGAGCACAUUGGAGUAAUGCUGCCUCACAGGGAGCCGGUUCUGGGUUUGGAUUCCUUAGGAGGGACUGCACAGUGUCAAUUUGACUGUUUCCUACCAACAAAGAGAGCUUUUGAAUUACCACAAUUUUCUUGUAGAUUAACCUGAAAAAAUGGGUCCUGCAAAGGGAAAUGUAGGUGUGGUGGUCAGCAUGGAUGCCUUGCAGUGGUGUAGCGCUGGAUAUGAAUCUCAGUGGGGGUUCUGGAUAUAUCCCACUGCACUCUGACUAUGUUUUUGGAUGUCUGUGAUGCACUUUAAAUGAAUAAACAUGACCAAGUAAGCGCUCAGACAGCGCAGCAGUCUGGUGGUUUGCACUCCUGCCUCAGACCAAAAGACUUCAUGGUUUGAGUCCAGGCCAGGUCUUUCCCCUUUGAUUGUUCUGGCUUUUCUCUGUGGAGUGCAGCCUUCACACUUUGAACUUCUAGAAAGAACUGGACAUUACAUAAUACCAAACAAGUAAGCGCUGCAUGGGGGGCAUUUUGGUUUAGUGGUUAGUGCUGCUGCCCCACAGCAAGUGAUUUUUCCCUUCUUCUCAAAUCAAGUCACAGGUAUAAGCAACUUUUUUUUUUCAAAUUAUUGCUUUGUGUGUGCAAAAAUAAUACUUCAGAUGUGACUUUUUAAUACUUUUAACAAGACAGUGACAUCUCAGGUCAUAUGCACCAUUUUCUCUUCAAGUUAACUUGACAUACCAGGACUUUUUUUUUACACUUUUGCUAAAAUGUAAUGAUUUUUGAGCUGAAGCAUUUAAACUAAUAUUGCAGUAACGGGGUACUAGAAGUGUAAAGGUGGAAAACAUCAUUCUGUCUUUGCUCUGUGUUUUCUGUUUAGGCCAAUCACGUCUCGGUGAACCCUCUGUACUUCAUGAUUCCUGCAACAAUAGGAUGCUCAUAUGCCUUCAUGUUGCCGGUGUCCACGCCUCCCAACUCCAUCGCCUUUGCAUCAGGACACCUCAUGGUCAGAGACAUGGUAAGAUCCUCACAUCAACACCCGACACUAAAACAUUCUCCACCUUUAAUCGACUACCUUUUAUUAUGUGUCUGUCUUUGUUUUCUCAGGUAAAAACUGGCUUUGUUAUGAACAUCCUGGGUGUGCUUUCAGUCGCCCUCGCCAUGAACACAUGGGGCGUCGCCAUGUUUAACUUGAACACGUAUCCAGAGUGGGCUCGUCCUCUAAAUAAGUCUGCACUUCUUAUAGACGUGCAUAUUCCACCCCUACCAUCAUUUAAUGCCACACACUGAUCACACACUCAACCUUCAGCCUGAGUUUAGAGGAAAUGUAAAAAACCUUAUCAAGCUCCAGAGUCUCCAGAGGUAAACGUAUCCACUCGGUUUCACUGAUAUCAGAACAAUCUGGGAGCGUCAGCUGUUACCUGUUUUUAAAAAUAAACUUUAUUCUUUUUAUAUUCAAGAGUCUUUGCAGGCUCAAAAGGUCAAGAUUUCAUCUGUUUCUUUAGGGACACUCUAAGGAAGUAAGCACCUAUAGAGAAUGUUAUUUGUGUUGAUUAUGGUGGUCCCUUGUGGACAAAAAUGGUGCACUGAGUGUUGCAAGUAGUAGAAGAAUUUAUUUUGUAAGUGUGCGCGUGAAAAGAGAAACUAGUUUUUAAAAUCAACCUCCACUUUUUUUUUUAGCAGAAUUUGCAGGACGUGCAAAAGAAAGUUAUGUGGAACUUCAUGUUACUAUGUAAGAUUUAUGUUUUGCUGUGAAACAAAGCUGAACUUCUUUCUGUACCAUUUAUAUGCCUAUUGAGCUUGUUAUGCUUAUACCCUGCAGAUUUGGUUUAGCUGGUAAGAAAAUCAGAUUCAUAAAAAAAAUUCUGAUCAUGUUUUGUCUUCAGUAUGAUAAGUUAACAUGAGAGAUAGCCUGAUUGUAGAACAUCAUUAAUGUCAGUGGUUAAAGUAAGAAUGAUUAGGUGAGACAGAAAAGUGAUAAAAAACAAUUUUUUAGUCUGUGUAUUUCAACAAACAGUGUAUUUCUAAAAAGUGAAAUAGUGAAAAUAGAGAUUGAUUUGAUUAUUUGAACCAUUUUAAAAUGCUUUAUGACAGGUUUAAGUUUCCACUGAUAUGAGCUGAAAGCUAACCUCAUUAGUGACUCUGUAGAGACUUUAAAUCUCAGCCGCUCAUUCAGCAGCAUGAAAGAUUUUGUCAUAAAUAUGCAUGUGAAACUCCAGACGGCAGAGUGGCUGAAAUGCGACUGGACUGACCUCUGCUGGAAGAAGGAGAGACCUCUGUGAAUAAUGAUUUUGAAAUAUAUAUUUUUGGAUAAAUCACAAAGAGAUGAUGUUCUUUAUGUAUUAUAUGGCACAUGUGAAGUUCCCAAAGCUACAGAGUAUAAACAGAAAUUGUUUUCUAUGUUAGAGUGAGAAUCAACACUACAACUGGACGUGUAUAUUUUAUCAACAUGGAGUGAUUUUUAUGCAUUUAGCUGUUACAAAUAAAGUGUUUGAAUCUGUAUUUUGGAUAAUUGGGGUUUUUAGUUGCUGCAGGCUUUCGCACACAUUGAACACAUUUCGGCCUCACACACAGCCAGGGGGAGCACACAGCUGUAAAUUCCUUACAAUGUUUGUUUGCUGUAGUAAACUCUCAGAAGUCACGAGGCCUCAAAACAAUGGUUAACUUGUGCAAGGAUGUGGUGGUUACUCAAUGCUGGCCGGGUCAGUGCAAAAGGUCCUGUGGUGCUAAAAUGCAAAAUUAUAAAAUACUCAACUAAAACCUCACAGACCAUGACAGGAUGUCCCCAACCAUCUGCACAACACAAACAACCUCUGACACACGGAUGUCAACCAAAGCUGAUUUACACCCUUGUUGUUUCAGGGAUUGUAAAGAGAUAAUAAAUAUGCCAACUGCUGUCGUCUCUCAAAACAAACACAAAUUCAACUAUUUCGUAUCAAUCACAGAUAGAACUAUUAAAUUCAGUUAUCUUCUCUCAUUUAAUUUUGUAUAUAUCAUAAUACUUCAAUUACUUCCUCAUAAAAGUGUUGCGUAUUUGUGUGUUUUUGCUUAGUCACAACAGAUAUUUUGUUUUUAUUUUUGUCAUUUAGCCAAAAAUUUGAUUUUGUAUUACAAACUUAAGGAGACAGUGAAACUUAAAGAAACCCAUGAAACAAAAACUAAAAAUGAAAAUGUAUUAUGUCACUCUGAAUCCGCACUUCUAUGACCAAUGUCACAUUGUGCGUGUGUGUGAUUGCAUCAUAUCUCAUGAUGUUGUGUCAUGCUUCACACAGAGAACCAUCUUUUCUAAUCCCUAUUUCCUCAUGGGAACUUGUAGGCAACCCACAAGUAUCAACAUGACACUGAGUGUUCAGAGCACUUCCUCUUUCCCCCCUCCCAGUUUCCUCUGCACCUUUAGCUUAUCAUUCCACAGAGAGAUGAAGUUCAUCACAGAGAAUAUUUUUACCUCUCUCAGGUAAGAUUUCAUAUUUAGAUUCUUUUUAAACUGAUGCUGUUGACUUCACCGUCCAGUGAUCACAAUGAUGAGAGUAACAUAAUGAUGUUGAUGAUGCUGGUCUUGUUGAUAUCAUUACAAACACCAAGAGUAAUAGGCUACUAUGACUUGGAUCAUGCUCAGUACAGUAUCUUUUAUAAUUCUUGUCAUUUUUGGUGUCAUUAUUACCAUUAAUUCUAUUUUAUUGUUUUGUCACGACUCUAUUUCUUCUUCUCUUUUUGUGCUUUAUUUGCUCUGUGUAUAUUUACUCUAAACUUUAACUGUGUCAUGUCUGAAGUAAAUAUAGACGAUGAAGUUGAUUUGAUUGUUUAUCAUACAUUCCUGACAAUUGCAUGCGCAGCUAAAUACUCUAAAUCCACAUAUUUUUAAAGUGACUUGCAAUAUUGAGUUAGACAUGUUUACUCUGUUUUUAUUGCCUUGAAUAAAUCAUUCAAUUUUUGUGGUUUAAAAAAGUCACAUUACUUGUGGUUUAAAAAAAAAUGUGACUUUACAUUUGAGACACUGAACAGAAGUGCGGAGCAGAAAUAUAAACACAUAAAAAACCAUGAAACCAUAAAAAAUACUUUAAAUUGUGCAUUAUUUGACAUUUUAAGCAACAAUGUUUCCAUCAGCUUCUAAACUUUUGUGAGCAAAAUUAUAAAACCAGUGGUCAUUUACUAUUUGCGAGGGCUAGGCUUUGAGCGAAUUUCAUAAAGUGUCAUUUUUCCAUUCUAGUUUAGAGUAGUGUCUGUGUGUGACUGUGAAAGGUCGUUGAUACCAAGGGAACCAGCUGCUGAUUGAAAAAUGGGCAGAGUCCACAGGACCAAUCGGGGCUGAGCGCUGGCAUAGGACACUCGUGUUCGGUAGAUUCUUUGUCAGGAAAUCUGUUUUGGCAUUGUGAUUGGGGGCAGUUCAACUGUAAAUCUUUUUUUUGUGGAAUUGUAAGGGAUAGGAGCUGCUACCCCACAUUUAGUUUUAGCUGCUGUUUUGAGCUAAUUUCAGAAAGUGUCAUUUUUUUCACUCUAGUUUAGAGUUGUGUCUGUGUGUCUGUGACUGAGGCUGCUGUUACAAUGUAAGAUUUGUGUCAAGGCAAGAGAAGCUGUUGCUGCUCUCCCCUUAGAGGACAGCCUGAAUUAUGAGCAGAUCAAAAUUGUGAUUUUGAUCUGCUUAUAUUAUGCAAGUUUGCUUUAUUGCCAGGAAUUAAAGGAGACGAUCAAAAUGCCAUUCUCCUGUUUUUUGGGGGUUUUUUUCUGCAAUCAAUGUGAAGCUGAAGCAAGCCUCACAUACAAGCUAAAACAUGGAUGAGUCAUCAUAUACAUGAAGUCACACUGAAACUGACAUUAUCGUCAUCAUCAUAAUCAUCAUUAGUCAUUAAUGAUUACAUCAUCAUGAGGGCCAAGUUUCCAAGUCCAGAGUUGGAAGAUCUGGGUCAAAAAGUAGAGGAGGACUGUUGUGAUCAAACUGGUUGAGUGAUUUAAUUGUCAGAGGGCAACAGAGGAGAAGAGUCUGGCUGGUGACCUAGGACCUUGUUAUGAUGGGAGCACCAAGGGUCUUUCACUGGCGGAGUAAAGUAGGGGGGAUAGAGACAAGGUAUAGAGACUCCCUGGAGUUUCUAAAAAAAAGAAAAUGCUGAGGUGUUCAAAACUGCAGUUCCUCGAGUGUCCACUAGAGCCUGGCUCAGAAUUGAUGCAAACCGAACAGGCCUCUGUAGCAUCAUCUUUAAUGGAAGAGUGUGAGUUAUGAAGUAGCAGGUGUUUUUUAAAGCUGUAAACAUUGAAAGUACUUUAUGUUUUUUUUUCUCCUCAGGACCAGAGCCGGGUUUUGCAGACAGGCUCUUCAGUCUGUCUUGUUGUAUCUCUGGGAUGUUUAUUCUGUUCCUACACCAGCUGGAAAAAAAGACAUCCUGACUCUUCUGUCCCUCUGCUUGGCACUUGCCAUCAUCACAGGCGGUCUGCUUCAUCACUGGCUGUCAAACACUCUGAAAUACAACCAUGAAGGGUCCAUUCAGACCGCCUGUAUCUACAGCGUGGCUGUGUUUCUGGUCUCGUUUCUGUGCCAUCCUCUGCGCUGUGUGUUGACUAUGACUCUGCCGACUGUCUGCUCCAGAGAGGGGCGGAAACUCCUUGUCUCAGCCUCUAUCAUGAUUUUAGUUUUAAACGUUGUCCCUAAUAUUACAGUAAACGUUGGAGCGGUUGCACGCAUCUUGAAGUGCACUGCAGAGGGCUUCACAAAGUCUUUACUUAACUCAUCUGAACCUUUAAACCACGCAAAGCAAGACCUUUUUGAGGAAGCCAUCAAAGCGAGGAGGGAAGACUUGAGCAUUGUCAAAAACUUGAGGAAGUUAGAUCAGUACACACAUGUUGAUGUGUCAGGAGUUAAAAGCAGGUUUACUCAGAUGAUUGGGCAAAUAGAGGUCAACUUCUCCUACGCUAGGAAUCUGCUCAAGGACUACAAGCUGCUGUCAAACCGGAUCCUUGCUGCCAUUUUUGUUGCUUUGCUUGUCUUUGAGUCUGCACGCUAUUUAAAGUCUUAUCUGACGUCGGUUCAGUUUGACAAUGGCUACAUCUCCCAGGAGCUCCUGAACAAGGCGACUCAUGCUGCUAAGAAAAGGCCAGCUAAAAAUAAACAUCUUUGCACAAGCUGCAAAAUUACAAGUCAGGAAUGCACCUCCUGUUUUAUAUCACUGGUCGUGGUAACUUUAUACUUCUUUGCAAUCGCCAUAAUUGUAGCUUUGGAUCAUGUUGUGUAUUAUAUAGUUCAAAUGAUUGUGCCAUGGUUACUGGAUUUUCCCCCUACAUCUGCCGUCAUCAGCGUCAACUAUAGGGUAAGACAGCCUCCACACUUCAUAACCACUCUAUUAUUUGACCCAUAAAUGAUAGUUUUUGUUACAUCCUCCUCUUAGGUUACCUGGUUCCCUCCGGCUUUUUGCCUCAUUCCAAGUAACUGCUAUACUCGGGAGCUCACAAACUUCCACAGGGAUUACAAGUGGACCUUAGACCCAGGGCGGUCGCUCUGUGAUGUGCCAACUUCACCUCCGAGUUCAGGAGUCUCAUUCCUGCUUGGAUGUCUGUGGCUGAUGAGCUACUUCCUGGUGUUCUUGGAGGUUUACGCCAAACGUAUACGCAGGAAAAUCUCAGCAUCGUUUUUCAGGGGGCAAGAAGAGGAGAGGGUGGCGUACUUGAUGAAGAAAAUACAAGCGAAGAUGAAUAAAAAGGAGCGGGGUUUGAUGGAGGUCACGAGUGGUUGA